AUGCUCUCCAAGUCUCUGGCCCUGACAACAGACAAUGUCACAUAUGACUUGGAGGACUCUGUCACUCCUUCUCAGAAGGGAAAUGCUCGAAACCAGUUAAAGGAGCACAUCGCCAAUCUAAAAUCGCGUCCUUCCACUAUUUCGGAGCUUGCUGUUCGGAUAAACGCGGUGUCAACCCCUUUUGCUCUUGAUGAUUUAACGACACUGUCAUCGGCAGAUCAGGUUGACGCCAUUGUCGUGCCCAAAGUCAAUUCGGCAGCCGACCUGACCUUUGUCACUGAUGUACUGCGACAUGUCGCUCCAGAGCGUCAUAGUGAUGGCUCGACAAAUCCAAUCAAGGUUAUAGCGCUUAUUGAAUCAGCUCAAGCAGUCAUGGACCUUUCUUCCAUAUGCAGGGCCUCCCCUUUUCUCAGUGGCUUGAUAUUUGCGGCUGAGGACUUUGCACUUGACCUUUCGAUAACGAGAACGCCUUCUCUGACGGAAUUCCUCUAUGCACGGUCGGCCAUUGUUACUGCAGCUCGAGCACAUAAUCUCCCGAGCGCCAUUGACCUGGUUUGUACUUCCUAUCGAGGUGACGACGGACUCCGGACGCUGGAAGAGGAAUGCCAAGGUGGAAAGGCCAUGGGUUUCAAUGGCAAACAGUGCAUACACCCCGGACAGCUAGAGACUGUCCAGAGGAUGUUUGCUCCCGAUAUAAAGGACGUAGAGUGGGCCGUCCGUGUCACCAUUGCCGACGAAAAGGCCGCAGCUGCCGGGCGUGGUGCGUGGACUCUUGAUGGGAAGAUGAUUGACGCCCCAGUGGUGGGAAAAGCCCAUGCCAUAACUACCAAAGCAGAGCAAUGCGGAAUGCCUGUGCAGGAUUUGAGAGCAAAGUGGAAAGACCAAGAGCCAGAAUAG